GCUUCUAGCCUGGGGUGGUUAGCUAAGCCUUCGCCGGAUCUAGUCGGCAGUACUGCCAUCACCCGCACCGCAGUCGUUUCGCGGUCGGGGGAAGCCGGGCCCUACCGGGCCGCCGUAGCUGCCUCUCUGUAGUGGGCGGGGCCGAGGCGGGGGUGACCCCGCCGGAGCCGCGGCUGCCAGCAACAUGUUCAAGGUAAUUCAGAAAUCCGUAGGACCGGCCAGCCUGAGUCUGCUCACCUUCAAAGUCUAUGCGUCACCAAAGAAGGACUCACCCAACAAAAAUUCCAUCAAGGUUGAUGAGCUUUCACUCUACUCAGUUCCAGAAGGUCAAUCUAAAUAUGUGGAGGAGCCUAGGACCCAACUUGAAGAAAACAUUUCACAGCUCCGACACUAUUGUGAGCCAUAUACAAGUUGGUGUCAGGAAAAGUACUUCUACACUAAGCCCAAGAUGCAAAGUAUUGUUCAGUGGGGGGUAGACAACUAUGAAUAUCUCCAAAAUGCACCUCCUGGAUUUUUCCCAAGACUUGGUGUUAUUGGUUUUGCUGGCCUUGUUGGACUCCUUUUUGCUAGAGGUUCAAAAAUAAAGAAGUUGAUAUAUCCACCUGGUUUCAUGGGAUUCGCUGCCUCUGUCUAUUAUCCACAACAAGCCAUCAGCUUUGCCCAGGCCAGCGGGGAAAUACUAUAUGACUGGGGUUUGCGAGGAUACAUAGUCGUAGAAGAUCUGUGGAGAAACUUUCAAAAGCCAGGGAAUGUGAAGAAUCCACCCGGAAAUAAGUAGAAUACGCCUUGCUCCGACCAUUUAAUCAGUUAUAGGAAAACAUUGGAAACUCCAUACAGUAAUUCAGUAUUUCUCCAGAAAAAUGGUGGAGAAGUCAGUAUCGAAUGUAGUAGAUUGGCUUUCUUCUUCAGGAAAAGCUACACCUUUCUUUAUUAUGGGUGAUGCCAUAUUAUAAGUGGACUAAUCUGGAACCUUUUCACCUAGAGAUGAUGUACAAGCCUUAGAACUCCUUGUUCUCAUGUUGCUAUUUAUGUACAUAAUUAAAACUCCAAGUU